AUGACGAAUGAAAUUAGAAGAUAAAAGAUAAUGGUUAUGUUCCAUGUUGUUGUUUUGUUUUACGGUUAUGUUUAAAUAUUGGUUGUGUUUAGAAAUAUAAGAAUGUAUAAUUUCAGGGCAGUACUACAUGCUAUCACUAGACAAUCAUCUAAACAAAUCAGUUGUAGUCGAAGUUUGUCCAUUGCUAACCUAAAUUGUCUGAAAAACAUAACAUUGAAUACUGAGCCCCAUAGAACAUGGGACUUUUGCAAGAGAACUUCACCUAGUCUGCAGCCAAUCAGACAUUAUGCGAAAGGAAAAGAUAGAAAGAAGGAAAAGGGUAAAGUCAAAGUAGAAGUCAAUGAAACACAGUUGUCUGAAACGAUCAAUAUUGAAAUGAUGAAAAACCAAAUGCAGAGAAUUCUAGAGCAAAUGAAAGAUGAAUUCAUCAGGCAUUUAUCAUUACGUUCUACUUCAGGGUCCCUAGAGAUGAUACCAGUGAAUGUUGAUGGGAAGGAGCACACAUUACAAGAACUUGCUCAAAUAGUUAGGAAGAAUCCCAAAACCAUAGUGAUAAAUAUGUCAAUUUUUCCACAAGCUAUUCCAGCUGCCUUGAAAGCAAUAGAAAAAUCUGGAAUGAAUCUCAACCCACAACAAGAUGGAACAACUUUAUUCAUACCUAUACCAAAGGUGACCAAAGAACAUAGAGAAAACCUUGCUAAGAAUGCAAAACAGUUAUUUGUAAAGUGUAAAGAUGGCAUAAGGGAAGUCCAAACAAAAUAUAUCAAACAAGUGAAGAGAAAGGAAGGUAUUUCACAAGACUUAGCUAGAUCAGUAGAAACACAGAUUGUAACUGUUGCUGAUGGAUUCAUCAGUCAAGGGGAACAGAUUCUGGAGAGUAAAAGAGAUGAACUUAUUGGAAAAGAUUAGGAUUAUUAUUUAUGAGAAUAUGUAUCAUUAUUGUGAAAA